CCUACGUAUAUGAGCAUGCUCAGUCGCUAUACCCGGCCGCUUUUGCUUUGGCGCGUAAACAUCCUCGCUGCUGCCCGAGUUGGCUAUGAAAGCCGACAAACCUUUACAGUAUAGUGGUAGCCAAGCCUACUUCCAGGCAUGCUGAAUUUGUUGCAAGGCUUUAAGGGACGCGCCCGCAAAGAAAAGUUUUGACGUACGACGGCAAUUGCUGAAGACUUUGGCCUUCUCGCGCGACUCGUUCUUUCUCUUUCCCUUCCACUUUGAGCUGGUCAACAUGGCGUCCCCUGACGUCAAGCUCUUCGGGAAAUGGUCCUUUGAGGACAUCGAGGUCACGGACAUUUCCCUGGAGGACUACAUCGCCGUGAAGACCAAGUAUGCGGUCUACGUGCCGCACACUGCUGGUCGCUACCAGAAGCGCCGCUUCCGCAAGGCGCUGUGCCCCAUUGUUGAGCGCCUGUGCAACUCCCUGAUGAUGCACGGCCGCAACAACGGCAAGAAGCUGAUGGCGGUGCGCAUCGUGAAGCACGCGUUCGACAUCAUCCACCUGCUGACGGACCAGAACCCCAUCCAGGUGGUGGUGGAUGCCAUCAUCAACAGCGGCCCUCGUGAGGAUGCCACCCGUAUCGGCUCCGCCGGUGUGGUGCGCCGCCAGGCCGUCGAUAUCUCGCCCCUGCGCCGCGUCAACCAGGCCAUCUACCUGCUGACCACUGGCGCCCGCGAGGCCGCCUUCCGCAACAUCAAGACCAUUGCGGAGUGCCUGGCUGACGAGCUGGUGAACGCUGCCAAGGGCUCGUCCAACAGCUACGCCAUCAAGAAGAAGGACGAGAUCGAGCGCGUGGCCAAGGCCAACCGCUAAAGGAGCAGCAGCAGGUGCUGCCGCGGAGGUCGCAGGAGCAGCAGCAGGGAGGGAGCAUCCGCAGCCGUGGUGUGGGCUGCUGCGGGCAGUGUGGCCGGGGGUACACUGUGUAACGAUGUACACACGCUUGUGACUCAUCCGGCCCUGACCGCGGUGGCUUGUGUUCUCUGCAAUGACUCUCGCCAGUGACUCUCGUAGCGUCAAGACGUUGGAAACGAGCGGGCGCCCAAGCACCAGCUGGCCAUGCAUAAGAGACGUUAGGCCAGCCAUGUGCGAGAAGCGGUAGGAAUGGCAGCAUUUUACAGGGGUGCCCCAUGCUGCAAGUCGCCUUUGAGUUCGUCAGCAUGCAGCUUCAACCGCUGGACGUAACUCUGAUGCAGUUGGAUGACAAGGUCUGACGCGGGCUGCCGCAGCAUUGCACUCUUGUGGGUGCCGUUGGCACCUGCCGCACUGGCUUAACCAAGCGCGACCA